UGCAAUAAGUAGCGCUACUGAAAACUAGCAAAGAAACAGCAGAAAGAAGAUCUGUUUCCACCUCUCAUGCAGGUAAUUAAUUUAAUUUUGGUCUUUCUUUAUUUAUUUAGGUGGCAGAAGCCAAUAGCAAUAAGCUCUCUGCCCUGCCCAGUAUCUUGUUGCUGGUAUAUCAGAGCUGCUGCUCAGGGCUGCCCUCCUCUUGCUGUGAUUGAUCUAAUGGGUCUCGCAGGGGUGGAGAGGUCGGAAGGGAGGUGUGCUGCAAAGGUCUUCAGGUAGCACUGAGGGGGCCUUUUUGUCUUGUUUUUUAAUGUAUCGUAAUGCUCAGCAUUUCUGCUGCCUUUCAUUUUCUGUGUUGUUGGGGGGGUGGUCUUUGUUUGUUUUUAAUAUAGCAUAAAACUUCAGGAGAGUCGAGCAGUUGAGGAGAGCUGCUCCCACGGGACGGGCAGUGCUGGAAAUGAACAGGUGGAGGAGGAGCCUUGUCAUCCCCACCUGUAAAGCGGCAUCGGAGUCAGAAGGUAAAUUCCCUGCCCGGGAGCUGUGUGCCCGGCUGGGAUGCAUAGCCGUGCGGCCGCCGCGGGGCCUCGGGCGACUGGGGAGGCGCAGUUCCCCUUGGGCAGAACGAGGAGUUUCUGAGGCCAUGAAAAGUGAGACUCUCUGUUAAUAAUAGCUCAAAAAUACAUUGCAGUUCUCUAGCAACUUCUGUCGGAAGAGUUCAAGCAUUUGGCUGAUUUCUCAAAUGCCCUUUAGGGCAGUAAUUCUUAGCAAGAAAAGACCAAGUGGAUGAAUUUGCACGUGACCUAAAAGCUGCAGCACUUUUGUUGGCUUCAGGGUAAAGCAGCCCUCAGUGGUGGCCUGUGGCUUUCCUCAGGGAGCAGGGAAGGGGACAGCUUUGUAUAAACGAGUUGGCGAGAGGCCUACGCUGCCUGACGGGAGGAGUUGGCGUUUUUAAUUUAAUUUCUGGAAAAUUACAUUUUAAAUUACAAUUUAAAUUUGGGAGAGUUUGAGAGGGAUGAUUCAGCCCAGCUGGCUCAGAAGCUAAAGGCUGAGAGCACUUUUGAGAUGUUUCCAGAAGGCUUCCUGUAGGAACAGGAAGAAGACAAAGCUUUUAGCUUUUUUAUAUGCAGGGGAAGUGAGAAAAAUAAACUGCAGUCUGGUAUGCUCUUUGCAGGUCAGGUUGUAAGGAGGGAUAUCUUUAAGCUGUGAAAUUGGAAGGCUCCGUGAUCCUUUUUUUACUUUAUGGAGGUGCUUUCCUUUGAUUAUCAAUGCAUGUGAAUCGCAACUCUCUACACUGUUAAUUAAAAUUAUUUGGAGCCUCCUCUAUCUUGCCAAUCUCAGGAACUUUCUCAGUUUUUUCCUCUUUACCUUCCUCUUGCCAUCCUCAGAAAAAUCGUUAUUCUUUUAAUGAUGGUGAACUUAGGAAGUAGUGAGCUCAACACUGUAAUGGUUUGGGUUCAUCCUGUUCCCUGGCAUGCAAGAUUUGGUAGAUUUUUGCGCCGAUCUUCAAGUGUCCUGGAGUAUCUUUUCUUGAAUCCCUUGCUCCUGGGGUCAUACGUUUAUGUGAGAGCACAAAUGUUUGCUUUUAAAAUGCAUAUUUCUGCACUGUGAUAGCAAGAGAAAGGUGAAAGCAGGAGUUUAAAGGCCCCCAAAAUGCAGGGACUGGUGAAGAACUCAGUUUGUUCUUCUUGGAUGUUAGUAUAGUUUUUCAGAAAACUCCUGGGGUGUUAGGAGGCUGACCUGUUGGUUUUUAAGCGUUUCAGGUUGCCCAUUGAUGUGCUUGUCCUGAAUUUCCAACCUACGCUAAGUCUUGGAACAAAAGUGUAUUGAAAAACAAGUGGUAGCACAGCACUAUUUCUAGACAACCAAGCCAGCUACAAAUAUUAUAUGUCUAAAAGAUGGAAGAAAUGAUACCACACUUGUUUCUUUUUAGAUUUCCUAGUUUGUGAUUGCUGUCUUCAGACCCAUUUCAUAAACUUUAUUUUCAGCAAAAAUCUUCUAUCAUUAAUCCUAGCUGAAGGUUUGCUAUUGAAUGGCUGAAUUGAGGGAGAAAAGUGUAUCAGUAGAGCUUCACUGUACACAGACGUGCAUUCCCCAAGUGUAAUUUUAUUUUGGAUGCUGCUCUUCUUUAACACAAGUCCAGAAUGCGUGAACUUUGAAACAUAACCUUUGUGUGUAAAGAGAGCUUUUUUUUUGAGAAAGUCCAUGGCCAAGCUUGUAAGGAGGGGGAAAAAAAAAGUUUUACACAAUCAGAGCUCUCCUCAGCAGUGUCACUGGAUGUGAGCUGAGAUCCCAGGGAGGCCCAGCUUUUCCUGACACCGGGGCAGGGCUGUUUCCGAUGGGGGACCCCGAUGGAUGCACCGUUGCACAGGUAGCUUGCAGGGAGUCAGGCGCUGUGCAGCUCGCAGAUGUGCUGCUGUAAGAGCUGCCUUCAAAGAAGGGGAACGCACUGGUUUGUGCCAUUUCUGAGGUGUGGAAAUUUCUGAAACAUUGCGUUUUUUCCUUCUAAAAUUUUUAUUAUUCCAAAUUCAAAGAGAAGAUCUUGUGUUCAUGUGAGCUAAUCCAGAACACGAGAAGCUGCCGCGCACUGGUGCGGGCUCCUUGCCCUGCCUCCUCACCCCAGCUGCUAAUGGCGGUGCCAGGGCACCCCACCAUCUGCUCCUGUGUAUGGAGGGAGGCUUAGUUGCCUUGGUUGUUUUGUAGUGGAAGCUUUAAGGAGAAAAUAAAGUGGGAGGACUAUUAAAAAUAGCAAGCUGUGCCCCUUUGGGGUGACUGAGUGCUGUGAGAAGGUGGUGGGAUCUCAGAGACUUCAGCACUGAUGUGGUUACACUUACAAACUAAAUGUAACCAUUGUUAUUUGUUAGGGAAUCAAAAGUGAAAAAACAGAUUUGAAAAAGGCAGUGCAGAUGCCUCCGCUGUUUCACUUUUGUCCUGCAUGCAGGUAAUUGUCAGGCUCCCCCUGCACACUGUUUGCUUAAUGACUAAAAGGAAAGCACUUCAUGUCACUCCAGAGAGUAAAUAUCUGAAGUUAUGGAUUAACUAACUUCCAGCAGAGCUCUUGGCGGAAGAAUAGAUCACGCUGACUCGCACUGAAUAAAGCCGUGAUUCCUGCUGCAGUAUGUGGAAACUCGUCACCGUGGGGGUGCUGCUGGCAGCCUGCUCUUCACAAGUGUGUGGUGCCUCAAUAUUUUACAGCAACAAAGAUGCAAACCAAGUCCUGAAAAUCCAGAAGCGGGCAAACUCUUUUUUGGAAGAGCUCAAGCCAGGCUCUAUGGAACGUGAGUGCAAUGAAGAACAGUGUGACUUCGAGGAGGCCAGUGAGAUAUUUGAAACCAGAGAAGCAACACUAGAUUUUUGGAGCAAAUAUGUAGAGGUCAAAUACACCAACUGUUCUAUCAGCAAUGGAGGAUGUGAGCACUUCUGUAGGGAUGACCCUGCCAACCAGUGCCGCCACUGCAGCUGCGCGUCCGGGUAUCACUUGAUGAGCGACCAUACCAUGUGCAAGCCUGUCGUGGAGUUCCCUUGUGGAAGAGUGAAAAUGGACUAUCCUGAAGCCAAAACAGGAUUCAAUAUUCGGCUCAUUGAGGGGAAACCAGGAAGAAGAGGAGACAGCCCUUGGCAGAUUAUGCUGCAAAAUAGCAAUGGUAAAUUUCUGUGUGGGGGCGUUCUCAUCCAUCCGUCUUGGGUCCUAACAGCAGCACACUGCAUUGAAACAGGAGAGGGGCUCAAAGUAAGACUUGGUAAAUAUCACCGUCUCCGUACUGAGGCAGAGGAGCAAACCAUUUGGGUCGAUAGACAUGUGAGCCAUGAAAGUUAUGCCAAGGAGACCUCUGAUAAUGACAUAGCCAUGCUGCACUUGGCUGAGCCUGUGAUGUAUAGCAAGUACGUGCUCCCUAUCUGUCUUCCCACCAGGAACCUGGCAGAACAUGAGCUGACAACAAAUGGGAAGCAAAUGGUGAUAACUGGCUGGGGCAGCACAAGUGAUGUUGCCAAGAAGAAUUACUCUGCUGUCCUCAAUUACAUUGAAAUCCCCAUGGUUCCCCGGAACGAGUGUGCCCAAGCUAUGAGAUUUGGUAUCUCCGAUAACAUGCUGUGUGCUGGGAGCUUAGGAGACAAGAAAGAUUCCUGCAGUGGGGACAGCGGAGGCCCCAUGAUCACUAAAUUUAAGAAUACUUGGUUUCUGGUAGGACUGGUGAGCUGGGGUGAAGGCUGUGGAAGAGUGGAGAAAUUUGGAGUCUACACCAAAGUUAGCCAGUACCUUGAGUGGAUCCAACACCACAUAGAUGAGAUGUCUGCUUCUUUUAACGGUUGAUUCUUGCAUUGCGAGUCUGGAAUAUUGUGGCUGUGUGCUAGUGACAGUGUGCAGUGUAACGUACUGUCAGAUCUUCAGUAUUAAAUAUUGCGUAUAUGUUAA